AUGUUUAAGAAUAUCUUAAAGUUAGGUUCCAACACCUAAAAAACUUUAUCUGCUAUUCCUUGUUAUGGUUUCGCUAAGUUCCAAAGAAAUAAACCUCACUUGAAUGUCGGUACCAUUGGUCAUAUUGAUCACGGUAAGACCACUCUUACUGCUGCCAUCACUAAGAUUUGUGCUGAUAAGAAGUUAGCUGAAUUCAUGGCUUACGAUUCUAUCGAUAAGGCUCCUGAAGAAAAGGCCAGAGGUAUUACCAUUAACACUGCUACCGUAGAAUACGAAACUGAAACCCGUCACUACGGUCACGUUGAUUGCCCUGGUCACAUCGAUUACGUUAAGAAUAUGAUUACUGGUGCCGCUAAGAUGGAUGCUGGUAUUUUAGUUUGCUCUGCCACUGAUGGUGUCAUGCCUUAAACCAGAGAACAUAUUUUAUUAUGCAGAUAAGUCGGUGUCAAGACUAUUAUCGUUUUCGUCAAUAAGUGUGAUAUGGCUAAGGAUCCUGAAAUCUAAGAAUUGGUUGAAAUGGAAGUUAGAGAAUUGCUUUCUAAAUACGAAUACAAUGGUGAUGAAGCUCCAGUUAUCUUUGGUUCCGCCCUUUGCGCCCUCAACGGUACUGAUCCCGAAAUUGGUAUCAAUAAGAUUAAUACUUUAUUAGACACCAUGGAUAAAUAAAUUGCUUUACCCGAAAGAACUGUUGAUAAGCCUUUCAUGAUGUCAGUCGAAGGUACCUAUUAAAUUCCCGGUAGAGGUACUGUCGUUACUGGUACCGUCGAUACUGGUAAGGUUAAGACUGGUGAAGAUAUCGAAAUUGUUGGUUACUCUAAUAAGGUCCUUAAGACCACAAUUACCGGUAUUGAAACCUUCAGAAAGCAACUUGACUACGCUGAAGCUGGUGACAACGUUGGUCUCCUUCUUAGAGGUGUUACUAGAGAUGAUGUCAGAAGAGGUUAAGUUUUAAGUAAACCUGGUACUUAAGAAUCCCAUAAAAAGAUUGAAGCUAACUUAUAUAUCUUGACCGAAUAAGAAGGUGGUCGUAAGAAGCCUUUCCCCGAUGGUUACAGACCUUAACUCUAUUUGAGAACUGCUGAUGUUGCUGCUCAAAUCUCUAUUCACGGUGCUAAUAAAUUAGGUAUGCCUGGUGAUAAUAUUACUGCUAACCUCGAUCUUCACUUCCCUCUCCCUGUUGCUCCAGGUAAAUUAACUAUCAUUUUGUUUAAUAAUUAAUGUUAAUAAUAAAAUAAUUUUUAAAUUAAAGGUUUGAGAUUCGCUCUUAGAGAAGGUGGUAAGACUAUUGCUGCCGGUGUUAUUUCUAAGGUUAUCCCUGAAGAAAAGGAAGCUCCCAAGAAAUGA